CUCGGCCGUCACGACUGACUACCACCUCUUUGUCAACAUCACACGACAUCCGAUACCACGACGCCCAACACGGCCGCGAUAUCCCCGGAGCUGCCGUAUCAGUCACCAACUACAUAUAUCUGAGCUACAUUAACCGGAAGUACCCCGUGUUUCCCUCUCCCACCGCUGCCGGGUCGUCGUCUCAUGAGUCCGGCGGUCUGGCACUGCCCCUCCUCCCACAAUGGAUCCUGAGGAGUCAAACGGCGAUGCGGGUGAUAUCAAGCCCAAGCCUAUGCCCUCCGAUCUCCCUACCUCUCUCGACGACCGAAGGCACGCCCCAGUCGAUUAUGUAGUCCCCGAGACGGAAAUGUAUGAUGGGUGGCAAGGCCAGUCCCAAUUCCUCACAACCCCAGCCGUAGCAAAGCCCUUGAAUUUCGGAAGCCUCUCGCUAAAUGACUCGGAAUACGGCGAAGACAUUACGAAAGGCCCCAAGGAUAGCGACGCGCGAUUGAUGGAGAUGCUUGCUGCCCAAGCUGCGGCCCACCAAGCUGGACAUGGCGUGGAAAAUGAAGAUGUUAUCAUAAAUGACGAAAAGCUUUCGGACGAUGAAAAGAAGGACAUGCUCCAAAAGGCACUGAACAUGGCUGCCAGCAACGGAGAUGUUGCCAAAGUCGAAAGCUUGGUCUCCGGAAAAUCGAAAGAAUACGUCGACGUCAACAAAGCAGAUGAGGAUGGAACUCCGCCUCUCAUCUAUGCAAGCUGUUUCGGCCACGAAGCUGUUGUCCAAGCCUUAAUCGAUGCCGGAGCCGACGUGAAUAAACAGGACCAGAACCAAUGGAGCGCGCUGAUGUGGGCAAUGACAAACAGGCAUAAGGGAAUUGCGAAGAUUUUACUUGACAAUAAGGCUUCGUCUGAUCAGAAGACCUCCUCUGGUCGCACUGCGUUUGACUUUGUCCCACCCGACAGCGAAAUGUCUUUCUAUCUACAUGAUAACGGCUACAAUAUUGGAAAUGCUGGUGUUGGCGACGACUUCUACAGCCCUGGUUUCUCACAAGACCGAUUUGAAGAAGAAAUUGCUGAAAAUGAAAUGCGCCGCCGUCUGAUGAUGGAGAGUGCGCGUGACUUGGAAGUUGAUCUCGGUAAUGUUGGCAUGGAUGACCAGCCGGAGCCAGUCGAUGAGUUUGAAGAAGAACAGCAAGAGUUUGACUGGAGCAGAUGCCUACACGAUCAAAUGUUUGUUUUCCAGGAGCACGAGCUCGAUCGGAUACUGGACAUCAUCAUCACCAAGAUGACUCCCCAAAGAUCACCGUCGCAAAAACCCGUCCCAGCAAACAUGAUCUUUCUUAGCGCUCGCUACGCACAUUAUCAUGCUAGCCCCGAGUUGCUGGAGAGGUUGCUUGUUUCCGCCAUGGACCUUAUUAACGAUGUUGUCGAACGGUGCCAAUGGGACAUGACCAUUCUAGCAUUCUGGAUUUCCAACGCAACAUUACUCUUACACUAUCUCAAAAAGGAUGCUGGUCUGGUUGAGCAUACAGCCGAGUUUCAAGCCCAGCUUGCAGAGCUUAUCAAUGAGAUUUUCAUCCUAAUUGUACGCGAUGCUGAACGCAGACUCGACAAGGUCCUGGAUCCUGCCAUGCUGGAUCACGAGACCAUUCCCGGCUUUGAGGGCAUUACGUUCCAAAACGAGUGGAAAAUCUUCAAGCGCAAAAACACAGUGAAGCAGGAGCCGCUUGAGAAACGCUACCGCCCACCGUCACCAAAGCAGCGCGCCAAACCGGCGCCUCGCAACGUCACUUCGCUCCUCUCAUCGACGCUCUUCGUACUGGACUUGUAUGACAUCCAUUCCGUCAUCACGACGCAAAUCGUCUCGCAGCUUCUCUACUGGAUUGGUGCAGAAUUAUUCAACCGUAUCAUGUCGAGUCGGAAAUACCUUGCUAGAACGAAAGCUAUGCAAAUUCGAAUGAACAUCUCGCUUCUUGAAGAGUGGUCUAGGACGAACAACCGCCAAGCGGAACACUACGAGAGUGGCGAGACCAAGUCUACGGGUGAAACUACAGCCGAUGCUGGCAGGAGGCAUCUGGCCCCCGUAAUCCAGCUUCUCCAAUGGCUUCAAUGCUUCUCAUCGCUCGCAGAAGACGAUCUGGAAGCCUUGGUUGGCACACUGCAGCAACUCAAGCGCCUAACACCUCAGCAGCUGAUCCACGCAGCCGCGCACUACCGACCAGAGGUGGGCGAGAAGAAGCUCCCUAAGAGUGCUUUGAACUACUUGAUAGCGAUUCAGAAGGAAGCGACGUUGAAACGGGACCGACGCCGCAGCAGAGCUACUUCUCCCUUGCCGGCUGAGCCCACCACACCGGUGCGGCCUGGCUCCAACGCCAACGGCCUCGAAACGCCAGGCAGCGUCCAAACCACACCGGACGGUGGCAAUGGUAGCGACGAUGACGAGGGAGACGAUGCGCCAGCCAAUUUGUUACUGGACCCUGCCCUCAUGCUACCAUUUACCUUGCCGUCGGUGACCGAUAUGCUGGUCUCGUAUGGGGCCGGCUUUGGCGGUGUAAACCGCGAGCGGGAACGCAAGUAUAUUCCGACAGUGCCGCCCGAGUUCCUGGACAAGCUGGAAGUGAGUGGUGCCCAAAAAGAAGCACCCAUGUUUGAAGAAAAGGAUUGGGAAAAUGAAGAGGUUUAAAUGUGCGUGUACAUUUCGAGCUAGACGCUCUGCCUCGCCGCCAUUUUGUUGCAUUGGGAUAAAGACAUCAAUAGCCCCUUGUGCAAUUUUCUUUCUUUCUUUUUAAUUCGUUUCUAUCAAACCAAAAGGCAUAUAGUAGCAUAUUACAGGCAAUUAUCAUGAUUUUUAUUUAUGACUAUAAAUCCGUCGUCCUAGGUGAAAUGUCGGUUCUUGCAUCGUCGCUUAAGCUGAGUAUUUUGUAUACCUAGUUUUUAUUUAGAAGCUGUCUUUUUUAUCAGCACCGCGUGAUAGCCGCCCAAAACUUCGACGAAAUUCUUCACACGGCUCAAAUGUCUUGCCAACUCUACAAGUUUUCCCAGGGUCCCCGGUUGUGUUGAAGGGUCCGGUCCGGUCCGUGUUUCCCGUGUACAUGUCUCACUGGGUUAGCCGCAACAAGCUGUCGCCGCCGUACCGAACCAGGCACAGCACACAACUAUCGAACGAGAUGCUUCGCGGGCUGAACCAAGCGCUGAGUGAGAAUCAUUUAUGUUGUCUCGUCUCCUUUUUACAGCGGUGAACUUGACCAUGCUGGCAAGGGUGGUGGGAGAAUUAAACAAAUCAUGCAUGCACAAAUAAGGAUUUGCUUCCUUGCCCAAUCGUCCGCCGCCUUGAUUACCGAUAUGCAAUGCGUGGCUGCAGUACGUAGAUGGGGUACACUAUGCAGGGCAAGGUAAACACAAAAUGCAUAGCUGUCAUAUAGAAACAUUAUGUGCUUUUUUAAAACAGUUUUUAUGCUCGUCAUUCGACAGCGAACUGCACGCACCCGACGCGAAAGCGGUACUUGUCACGAUGUUGACAAGCUGCAGCUGUUAGCGCAGGUACAACCGCUCCCAACUCUUAUUUAUCACUUUGUUUGAAUGACUGUGUACCACGUACUAGUCGCUUGCUACUGCACUCGACGGUGUAAUAGUCAAUUACGUCUUUAGCUACGCGCCACGAGCCACAUGUCAACAGUCUAGUUGCGCGACUUUGGCCUGGCAGACGUUAGGCCGUGCCAUCCCUGCCCAGCACACUAUUUGCAAGCCGGGCCUCUUGAUUGGGUCGCUCGCCGGGCUCGUGAAAGAUGGUGUGUGUGUGUACGGCUGGCUUAGCAUCGUGCCACUGGCGGCGCGCCAGUCAGCUCAGCUCAGCAAAAGGCCUCGAGCUAAGACCUGUGGGAGGGCACAGGAUGUGGAAAUCAGCUUCCCUGGCCGGGUGUUCCAGGCCGCCUAUGGUCCCCGCCCAACGCAAACUUUUUUGACACUAACGCAAAUGCAACAGCAGCGACGACGCGAAAUAGUUGGAGGUACUUGGUGGACUAACAGCGACGUCGCCGAUCUUUGGUGGCUGGGAUAGUGUUGACCUGCAAAUCGUUUGUCAUCUGAAGGCUCGUUCGUCUCUUGACAGAAAGUCAAAAAAGAGUGCACCGAGGAAGCCGUAAUAGUAUUAGGCCAGGGACCAAAAACUCAGUUGCCUCUCCACUGACCGUUGAACGGGAAUCCUUCCGGCACGGCGGAGAGCCUACGGUGCUUUCCGCAGCUGAAUAAGGUUCAAACCUAUGAGAGCUUUGACAUGCACAAAGGGUACAGACAGUGACAAAGGUGUAUCCAGGAAGCACCAGCACCGCAGGGUCUAGGUCGCAUUUAUUUUUCGGAGCACAGCGCGCAAGACGAAGCAGGUUUAGGUGCAACGCAAGCCCAACCCAAGCGUCAAGUGGUGACACAUCUUCGAGACAUGAUGCGACGACAGGAUGCACGUCAAGGGAGAGUCAAUCUGUCUUUUGCUACCCAGGAAGAGUCGAACCUGGUACCAAAGGUCAAGACAGAAAAGAGAGUCAGUGGCUUCUGAGCUAGUUUCGGAUGGUGGGGAAAAGCUGUUCUUUGCUUCUCUUCUCUUGCUAGCAAGAAGCAGUGGAAGCGGAUGUCUCGGGUUUCUUUUUGGCCAAAACUCGUUGAGUUGUGAGCUCUGCUACUCUUCACUUAACAGAGACAACAAGGAAAGAAUGGGCAAACAAUAAUUGCUGAUGAACUCUUUUUUUUUUUCUUUUUCUUCGUAUUUGCGGUUCUUUUUAAUCUUAUUCACACAGAAUCAUGUAAAAUCUUUCUUCAAUGACACCCUCUUUAGGUAGACAGAGCUGACAGGCCAAGGACGAAGGCAGGCACCACCCAGGUCAGGCCACAUUAAAGUGGGCGCUCUUGCCUUUUUUUCG